AUGAAAGGGAGAGAACCUGUAACUUGUCCUAUCCCUACUAGUUGUUCUUGGGCUCUGAAGAAGAUUUUGGAAUGUAGAGAGAUUGUGCAGAAUGUUGGUGGAUGGAAAAACACUACUACUGGCACAAACUACUCUAUUAAGAAAGUGUAUACAACAAUGCAGGGGACCUAUCCAAAAGUAGCUCGGAGGAGAGUAAUUUGCAACAACAAAGAUAGCCCCAGAAGCAUCUUUGUGACCUGGCUGGCUGCUCUUAAUAGACUUUCUACUACUAAUAGGCUGAUUUCCUGGGGUAUUCAGUGUACUGCUCAGUGUGUGCUAUGCAGCAGUGUUGCAGAAUCAGCUGAGCAUCUGUUUUUUGAUUGCUCUUUCUCUAGUGAUAUCUGGAAGAAGAUUCUUGGUGUGCUUGGCAUAAGGAGAAGCAGUUUUGGGUUCAGUCAAGAGCUUUCCAUUGUUGCGUAUCAAAGCAGGAAGACUGGGGCUACAGCUACCCUCUAUGCUAUGUGUUUUGCUGAGGCUGUGUAUGCUAUCUGGUUGCAUAGAAAUUUGUUAAUUUUUAGCAAAACCAGUAAAACUCCAAUACAGCUUGUAAAGGAAAUUUUGUUUAAAGUUUCCUGUAGGUGCUAUGAGGAGCUGAGUAGUAAGCUUCUGAUGUAA